AGCCCAGGCGAGGCUGCUCCGACUCCGGCUCCGGCUCGGCGGGGCGGGCGGCUCCCCUCUCGCCCCGUGAGCCCCCCGCACCCCUCCGCCGUGGAGGCUGCGGCAGGUGGCUGCCGGCGGGGCGAGCUCCGAAGGGUGAAAGCGCCGGGAAGGUGACAGCGGCUCCAUGGGGGGCAGGAGCCGGGGCUCCUGGUGAGAUUCCCAGAGCCCGGGAUCUGAACGCCGCGCUCAGCAGCCGCCCGGCUCCUCUCCAUCCUCCCCGAGGGCUCGGAUGGAGGCUGCGUGCAACAGCAUGGCCCUGGAGAGGCUGGGGGAAGCCCUGCGCGGCCCCCCGGCCCCGCAGAGCUGCCUGCUGCUCCUCGUCUGCCUGCUGGCCGCGGUGCACCUGGGCAAGCUCCUCCUGCAGCGGCGGCGGCGGCGGCGGCAGGGCGAGCGCCGGGGGCCGCCGGGCCCCUUCCCCUGGCCCCUGAUCGGCAACGCGGCGCAGCUGGGCAGCGCCCCGCACCUCUCCUUCGCCCGCCUGGCCGGCACCUACGGCGCCGUCUUCCAGCUGCGCCUGGGCCGCUGGCCCGUGGUGGUGCUGAACGGCGAGCGGGCCAUCCGGCAGGCGCUCGUCCGCCAGGGGGCCGCCUUCGCCGGCCGGCCGGCCUUCCCCUCCUUCCAGCUGGUGUCGGGCGGGCUCAGCCUGGCCUUCGGCGGCUACUCGGAGCUGUGGAAGCUGCACCGGCGGGCGGCGCACGCCACGGUGCGGGCUUUCUCCACCGGCAGCCCCGCCACCCGCCGCCUGCUGGAGCGGCACCUGCUGGGCGAGGCGCGGGCGCUGGUGGCGCUGCUGGUGCGGGGCAGCGCCGGCGGCGCCUUCCUCGACCCGUCGCGGGUGCUGCUGGUGGCCGUGGCCAACGUGAUGAGCGCCCUGUGCUUCGGCCGCCGCUACAGCCACGGCGACGGCGAGUUCCUGCGCCUGGUGGGGCGCAACGAGCAGUUCGGGCGCGCCGUGGGCGCCGGCAGCCUGGUGGACGCGCUGCCCUGGCUGCGCCGCUUCCCCAGCCCCGUGCGCGCCGCCUACCGCGCCUUCCGCGACCUCAACCGCGACUUCUACGCCUUCGUCCGCCGAAAGUUCCUCCAGCACCAGCGCAGCCUGCGGCCCGGGGCCGCCCCCCGCGACAUGAUGGACGCCUUCAUCCGCCUGCAGCGGGAGCAGCCGCGCCUGCAGCUCGAGCACGUCCCCGCCACCGUCACCGACAUCUUCGGCGCCAGCCAGGACACGCUCUCCACCGCCCUGCAGUGGCUCCUCAUCUUCCUCAUCAGGUAUCCCAAAGUGCAGGCCAAAAUGCAAGAAGAAGUGGAUCGGAUUGUUGGGAGAGACCGCCUGCCGUGUGCUGAAGAUCAGCCCCACUUGCCCUACAUCAUGGCUUUCUUGUACGAGUCCAUGCGGUUCAGCAGCUUCGUGCCUGUUACCAUCCCGCACGCCACCACGACCAACACCUUCAUAAUGGGCUACCUCAUUCCCAAGGACACCGUGGUAUUUAUUAAUCAGUGGUCAGUGAAUCAUGACCCAGCGAAGUGGUCCAACCCAGAGGACUUUGACCCAACGAGAUUUCUGGAUGAGAACGGCUUCAUCAACAAAGAUCUCACUAGCAGCGUGAUGAUUUUCUCGCUGGGAAAGCGGCGGUGCAUCGGAGAGGAGUUGUCCAAGAUGCAGCUGUUUCUCUUUACCUCCAUACUGGUGCAUCAGUGCCAUUUUACUGCUAAUCCAAAUGAGGAUCCUAAAAUGGACUUCACUUAUGGGUUGACCAUUAAACCGAAGCCAUUUACUUUGAAUGUUACGCUUAGAGAUAGUAUGGAUUUGCUUGAUAAGGCUGUCCAGAGACUGCAAACAGAGAAAACAGCCAAUGAAAGUCAGCUGUCUGCAAACACCUAAGCACCGAGCCUCGCAUCUAAAGAUACUCCCUCUCUCUUUUUAGAAUUAAAUAAGUUAUAGUUUGUUUUGCUGAUUUUUUUUUUUUUUUUUUUUGAAAAUAGCCAACAUUGCAAGGAACAAGAGCAGAAAUGAAAACUUCACAAGACAUAAUUCAGUACUCUCUAACUCUAGGAGAGCCAGGGGAAUGAUUUAAUAUAUUAAACGUUAACAAACAUAUGCAGUUUGAAAGAAAGACUCAUUUCCUUGCGUGUUCACAGAAGUUACCAUUGUAAAGCACAUUUUAUUUACUGACUGGUUGGAUGGAGCACCUCUGGAAACUGGUGGUACAAUCCUUUCCGUGUCUCCAUAUGCUGUGCCUUAACUCUAACUUUGCCUUCAGUGACUCCACAUCCCAAAGUAACAUCUUGUACUAACAAAACAAAACACAGAAACCAAACAGCCAAACAUGCUCAGAAUAUUGUAGCCUCCCUCUGAAUUCACUGUACUGGAAAGAGCCAUAAGCAUGUGGCAAGCCCUGUGUUGUGACUGCUGGGGAUGUACAUUAAUGCCUCGAUAAUAAAUGUUUAAAUGAGUUUUGGUAAAA